AUGUGGAACAGGGUUGCCAACUUGAAGGGGAGACCAGAACUGCAGGCCAACUCCAAUGGCAACUCUACUCCUCAGCAAGUGAAGAGAUGUUCACAGAUGUCAGGACUCUAUGGCCGAACACUCGAUGACGUGUUCACAGAUGUUGGCCUCGUAGACAUGAGUAAACUCGGUUUUGGGGUUGACUUUGGCUUUUCGAAGCGGAUGGGGAUGAGCGGACGCAACACGUGGACCUUCUGUGGGACGCCUGAGUAUGUAGCGCCAGAGAUCAUCCUGAACAAGGGCCACGACCACUCCAUCGACUACUGGUCGCUGGGCAUACUCAUGUUUGAACUGCUCACCGGAACGCCUCCCUUCACGGCGCCGGAUCCCAUGAAGACUUACAACAUCAUCCUGAAGGGACUCGACAUGAUCGAGUUUCCGAAGAAGAUCACGCGUCACGCGCACAACCUCAUCAAGAAGCUGUGCAGGGAGAACCCCGUAGAACGACUCGGCUACCAGAAGAACGGCGUCAACGACAUCCGACGACACAAGUGGUUUCAGGCUUCGACUGGGAGGCCCAAUCAAACAACCCUACGUGCCUCCGAUCCUUGCCUACUCAAGUCGCCCGACCGACAUGUCGAACUCUUGACAGCCAUGCCGCGAGACGUGUUCCCUUGCCACCUGACCUACGCUCGAGUUCUUAGAGGGCGCCACGCACGAAGGCUGGAACGCCGAGUUCUAGAGGGCGCCACGUGA